AUGUUAUUCAUUACUAACGUUGCACAAAAGAUGUUAUCAACUCAUUUUAUAAAAAAUAACUUUUAUGUUGUUGCUGGGGCUGCUGGGGCUGCUGGUGCAGUCGAAGCGAUUGUGGCCGCUGGUGCAAUUGUUGACGCUGUUGGUGCCGUUGUAGGUGCAGUUGUUGCUGCUUCUGUUGCAGUUGCCGCUCCAGGUGCCGCUGCAGGUGCCGCUGCAGGUGCCGCUGCUGGUGCCGCUGCUGGCGCCGCUGCAGGUGCCGCUGCUGGUGCCGCUGCUGGCGCCGCUGCUGGUGCCGCUGCUGGCGCCGCUGCUGGUGCCGCUGCUGGUGCCGCUGCUGGUGCCGCUGCUGGCGCCGCUGCUGGUGCCGCUGCUGGUGCUGCCGCUGCUGGUGCCGCUGGUGCAAUCUCUCCUCCCUAG